UGUUGUGUCUCCAUAAGAGAAAAAAGAAUGGCCUCCGAGGAGGAUCCACGUGAAGCUGUUUUGGAAGAAGCCGAAAAGAAAAUGAAAAGUGCUUUGGAAGUUUUUGAUUCAAAUUUAAAGAGCAUCAGGACAGGAAGAGCUCAUCCGGAUAUUUUGGAUCCAAUUAGUGUCAAGGUUUACGACGGUAAGAAGAUGGGAAUCAAAGAAUUGGCAACAAUCACAGCUCCGGAAACCAGAUUAUUGACAUUGACGGUUUGGGACGAGCAAAACGUUGACGCCAUCGUGAAAGCUCUGAGAGAAUGCAACUUCCAUUUCAAUCCUCAAGUGGAUGGAAAUUUGAUUCGCAUAAGUCUCCCACACCUAACAGAAGAAACUCGGAAAACGCUGAGUAAACAAGCAAAAGAGUACACAGAAGAUUGCAAGGUGGCGUUAAGAAACAUUCGUAAAAAGUGCAGUGACGAUUUAAAGGGUUUACAAAAGCAAAAGAAAAUUUCAGAGGAUGACGCGAAACAUUUCAUGAACAAACAAGUGCACAAGCUGUUAGAAAGAAUGAUUGUGGAGGCUGAAAGAAAGCUUGACGAGAAAAAUAAAGAUCUUUUAACGGUGUGA